GGUUGUCCUCACACACGCACUCACACACACACGCACACACACACACACACACACUGCCAGCGCUGGGAAAUAAAUAAACACACGGAUGUCAUGCAUCGGGAGUUGGUUGACCAUGGCUAAAACCCGUGUUUUGUUGGCCGCUGUCCUCCAGGCAAUGCUAUGGGGAGCCUGCGGAGCUCUGUGGUGUAACUGCACCACCAUCCUGUGCAGGAAGACCAGCCAGUGUGAGACAGACGGGGCCUGCAUGACCUCCACCUCCGUCCUUGAGGGCCAGGAGCAGCACGUCCGCACCUGCAUCACCCGUGACAACCUGGUGCCCCCCGGGCAGCCCUUCUACUGCCUGGGGGCCGCCGGCCUGCUCAACAUCUACUGCUGCUACACCGACUACUGCAACAGCAUCGACCUCCAGGUCCCCUCUGCCACGCCGCGGCCGGGGCUGGCGGCGGGCGUGGAGCCGGCGGGGCCAUGGGGCCCGGUGGAGCUGAUGGCGGUGAUCGCGGGCCCCGUGUUCCUGCUGUGCCUGCUGCUGAUGGUGGGCGUGUUCCUGUUCCAGUACCACCAGCGGGCCUACAGCCACCGGCAGCGGCUGGAGGUGGAGGACACCUCCUGCGACCACCUGUACCUGGCCAAGGACCGGACGAUCCAGGACCUCAUCUACGACAUGUCCACCUCCGGCUCCGGCUCAGGCCUGCCCCUGUUCGUCCAGCGCACGGUGGCCCGCACCAUCGUGCUGCAGGAGAUCAUCGGGAAGGGGCGCUUCGGCGAGGUGUGGCGCGGCCGCUGGCGGGGCGGCGACGUGGCCGUGAAGAUCUUCUCCUCCCGGGAGGAGCGGUCCUGGUUCCGCGAGGCGGAGAUCUACCAGACCAUCAUGCUGCGGCACGACAACAUCCUGGGCUUCAUCGCCGCCGACAACAAAGACAACGGCACGUGGACCCAGCUGUGGCUGGUGUCGGACUACCACGAGUACGGCUCGCUGUUCGACUACCUGAACCGCUACCCCGUCACCAUCGAGGGGAUGAUCAAGCUGGCGCUGUCGGCGGCCAGCGGCCUGGCUCACCUGCACAUGGAGAUCCUGGGAACCCAAGGGAAGCCGGGCAUCGCUCACCGAGACCUCAAGUCCAAGAACAUCCUGGUGAAGAAGAACUGCACGUGCGCCAUGGCCGACCUGGGCCUAGCCGUCCGCCACGACUCCCACUCGGACACCAUCGACAUCGCCCCCAACCAGAGGGUGGGCACCAAGAGGUACAUGGCGCCGGAGGUCCUUGACGAGAGCAUCAACAUGAUGCACUUUGACUCCUUCAAGUGCGCCGACAUCUACGCCCUGGGGCUGGUGUACUGGGAGAUCGCCCGCCGGUGCCACAGCGGAGGGGUCCACGAGGAGUACCAGCUGCCCUACUUCGACCUGGUGCCGUCCGACCCGUCGAUCGAGGAGAUGAGGAAGGUGGUGUGUGACCAGAAGCUUCGGCCCAACGUCCCCAAUUGGUGGCAGAGUCACGAGGCGCUGCGCGUCAUGGCCAAGGUCAUGAGGGAGUGCUGGUACUCCAACGGCGCCGCCAGACUCACCGCCCUGCGCAUCAAGAAGACCCUGUCCCAGCUCAGCGUUCAGGAGGACAUUAAGGUCUGAGCUCAGUGACCACGCGGCCCUGAGGACAGCUCACCACCUGGGGAAGGACGGACCCCUGCUCCCCCCCCCCCCUCUACGGGACGCAGGAACACAGGCAAGCCUUUGGAGAGCAGAAGCUGAAGGUGAACGCCGGUGGCUCUGUAAAUCGUCACUCCAUUAACACUCCUGCCAGCACCGAAGCCCUCGAUCGGCGCUUCCUGAAGCCCUACCUCGUGACCCGGCCAAACUACUGAACCGCCCCUCUCCUGUCCGUCUGUCGGUCCGUCUGACCGACCGACAGACGAUUCCUUCCGCACGCGCACUGUACAGAGGAGAUCAGGAUGUGUAAAUAAUAUCGUUGUGUUGUGAUAGUCCACCGGACCCCGCCCUCUUCAACCAGCCCCCCCCCCCUGACCCCGGCCUGCUCCCCGGUGAGGCCAGCUCGUGGUUCCUCGUGAUUCCCACCGGUUCCUUUGAUCUCCGUUAUACAGGCGCACGUUUCCUCGGCAACACACUGGAGAGCUUACUGAAUAAUCAUGUUCUGCUCGACGGCAGUCUCCCCCUGGAUGUCGUGCAACCUGUUCGGCAUGUGGUCCAGCCUCCCUGGUACAGGCGGACCCCAGAUCUGUCACUGUGGUCCAAUCAGUUCUUAGCCCCUUGGAUGGGCCCACAGUAGUGGUGCAACGGUUCACGGGUUACCCGUGAUCCGUACGGAUCAACCCUCACAGUUCGGGACGCGAGUGAUCCGCGGAUCGGCUGAUAAAAAAAAAAAGAAGAAGUUGUGAGUUCACGUGAUCAGUGCAUGUUUACAUGCAAGGACAAUUCCGGUAUUUACAAAAUCAUUAAGUAUCGUAGCGAAAUACAGUUUCUGUCGUUUUAUUAGGAGUUCCGUAAAUCCCAUUGAAACCGUAACCGGAAAUGUUUAUGUUUGGUUGUAGUCUUUUCGCUCGGUUCUCCGUAUCAACAGUAGGGCUAGAACCGAGCGAAAAGACUACAACCAACCCCCCUUGCAAUGUUCAAUGAGUCUUCCAUCAGAAAUGAGUGGAUUUGCAAAAUGACAAAUAAAACACGACAUAAACUGUAUUUCGCUACCAUACUACAUACAUAGAGUGUAGACUCUAAACUCUCCCCAGGCAAUGCAGACAUCCUUAAUGUUAAAUUGUAAAUCCAGGGUUAGGGAUUAUUUACUAUCCAUGUUAAUAAGAAGAAGGAAUAAUGCCUCAGAUUGCAAUUUUUUUAAAAUAUUGACUAUGCUUAAAGGAAGCAGGAUUAUUACCUAACUUUGUGCUUUAUUUUGUUUUUACACAUUUGAAGAUAUUAUUUAAAGUUUAAAUUUGUCUUGUUAUCUUUUUUGUUGUUGUUGAUCCAAAAAUGAUCCGACCCGUGACUCAAAAACCGUGACACGAUCCGAACCGUGAGUUUUGCGAUCCGUUGCACCCCUAGCCCAUAGCCUCUCACCCCACGACUGACCCCAGAUCUGUCACAGCGGUCUAAUCAGGUUCUUAUAUCCUCUCGCCAUGCACGCACGGUACCUCCUCAGGUGUUCCUCCUACCUUCUGAUCCACAGCUUUGCUCUGUGUGACUUCAAAACCAAAACCUCUAAAUCCAGCAGACCCGGGUCGAGUCGAUGGAAAGUGGAGACGCCCGGUAGGCCUGCGGCUCCCGGCUGGGGACACGAGACGUCUCGUCUUUCAAGCGUCCCCUACAGAGACCUCUGUCCUGACCUACCGUCACCAUAGCAACGUUAGGAAGAGGGGGCAAGCAGGUCAACCACUCCUGGUUAGAUUAACCGUUUGCCAGAUUUACCACACUCCAGUAGGUUGAAGAAGAGGUUAUUUGUUUGUGCUUGAGGCUCACAAACUAUUACUGCUGUACAUAGAUUAUAAAUACAAUCAGUUGAUGGUCGUUUGGUAUUUUGAUCACUUGGUGGAAUACACUUUGAUACUCAUCUCAAAAUGCGUUGCUAUCCUUGAUGGUUUGAUGUACGAUAGUGAACCUUCAAUUACUACGCACAUAUUCUGUUGCUCGUCGUGUUUCCGUCCACCCAUUGGUCCGUGUUGUUCCAGCUCCUCCCCCUCUCCUUACCUCGCCACGCUCAGCCAGAAUGUCUGUAUCCUUCUCUUUGGGGCUCUGUGCUAAACAGAAAAAGGUACUGCUGAUGUAAAGUCUCUAGCACAUUAUUUAUAAUAUCCUUUCCUCAUGCUGUGAGUUUCUAGGAAAUCCUUUGAAGGUGAAGACUAACCUGAUGGUGACAGGUUACACUAGCCCGUGUUUGUUCAGGAUUUCCUCACUGAGAGGCAAGGUUUCCACGUAAACCUCACCCAUCGGUUGUAUUACUCUGAAUCACGCAGCAGAUUAGAUUUUGUAAGAUCUGGUAUUUCUUACAAGUCCUGGGAGAGUUUGUUUAGCACUAACUGUAACCUUAUUAUUCGUGAAACCUAACUACUACUGAUUCAUCUCGUGGUAUCGCACAUGAACUUGUAUUUAUUGGUUAGAAUGUAUGCUUUACCUGCACUGUUUUGUUGAUUUUGCACACAUCUCUAUGAGGAUAGUCAGUGGCUGGAGCACUUAGCUGGAGGCUCAGAGAUGGAUCUCUACAAUCAUAACGUCUAAAUGAUCCCCAACGUGUACAAUUUAAACAUGUCUUGCCUAACAAUUUACGUGAUUUAUCUUUUUAAAUAAUAUUUUAAGUACACUUAAAGAUAAGCAAUGAGACUUCUCAUAUAUUACUCAAAGACCAAAUGUUUGCUCACACACACGAUUGAUAUUUCCUCAGUCUCAACACUACACUGUACUUACAUUAUUGAAUUAAACAUAUAUUUGACUUUCCAUGAAAAAUGAAUAAAAUGUACGGUUCGGUGA